AUUGUAAGACAGUGUCGUGAGGGCGAGAGGAAGGAAACCCGUGGACUUGGUGAUGGCGGGACCUGAGAGGACGCUGGAGCAAGACGUCUCGUCCUACGAGCUCCGUCGCGCGCAGCUGAUCGCCGACGAAAAGAGUCGGCGCUUUGACCACCUCAAGAAAUCUACCGGGCUGAGCGAUGAAGAAGAGAAAGCAGACGCUGUCGUCUCGGCUCUCAGAGCGGAAGAGAGGAAGGCAAUAUGGAACAGGGAGGGUGACCUUGAAGCAUUCAAGGGUAUGGAGUGGCAGGGUGCCACGAGCCGAGGCGCUCGCAAAGGCCGGCUCUACGACCUCUUGCGCAAGAUGCCAAAAGGAGGGCUCUUGCAUUGCCACAUGGACGGCACAGUCGAUGCGAAAUGGCUCAUUGAGAACAGCUUUCACGAGGCCAACGCCAACAUUUGGCUGACUUCGACGAAGCCGCUGACGACCAGCGAAAGUCUGUACGAAGCUAAGGUUCGCUUUCGCCACCUUCCGAGCAAGCCAGACAAUGAGCACGACGAAGGGCAGGAGCGUAUCGCAGCCGGUCACACGCUGUACACCAGCGCAUAUCGGCCAAAUACCUGGGUGCCGCUGGCCGACGUUCGCGCUGCCUUUCCUCACCCGGACGUCUAUGACCCCGUGCCCGUGAAUCUCGAUGCUGCGGAAUUGCCCAGCACGGGCAAGACUUCCUGCGAGAGGGCCUUUGACCAUUACAUCCACUCCCUCAUGACCCUCACACCGGUGCCAGCCCGCUUCGCUACGCCAAUCAAGACGUCGAAGCAGGCCUGGACUAAGUUUACCGACACCUUUGGCGUGAUAGAUGGCCUGUUUGGGUACGAGCCCAUGCUGAAGCGAUACUUUGUCGAGAGCUUCAAGACGCUGGCAAGGGACGGGGUCAGCUACGUCGAAGCUCGAGUCAACUUCUGGAUUCGACGAUACUCCACCUCGACGGGGCAACUGGACCUUGCGCACCCCAGCUGGGUCCGCAUCUUCCAAGAGGCUCUUGCCGAAGUCAAGUCCGAGCCCGGACUGGAGUUCUGGGACGCCAAGAUCAUCUACAGCACCAUUCGCUUCAUGCCCAACGAGGAGCUCCGAUGGCAUGUCGAUAACGCUCUUGCACUCAAGCAGCAGUUUCCCGACACGAUUGUCGGCUUCGACCUCGUCGGGUGGGAAGACGUCGGCGUGACGCUGCACACCUACCUCCCCGAGCUGCUCCGGAUGAAGAGACGCUGCAGGGAGCUGGCCGUUGAUCUUCCCUUUGUGCUUCACGCCGGCGAGACACUGGCCGACGGCGACGCCAUCGAUGACAAUCUCUACGAUGCCAUCUUGCUCGGGACCAAGCGCAUCGGACACGGGUACAGCCUGAUCAAGCACCCACUCCUCAUCGACAUGGUCAAGUCGCGCCAGAUCUGCGUCGAGUCCUGCCCCAUCUCCAACGAGAUUCUCCGCUACACGGCCAACACCUCUGUCCACCCCGUCCUGUCUCUCCUGGCCCGCAACGUGCCCGUGGCCAUUUCCAACGACGACCCGUGCCAGUUUGGGAACCCGGGCCUGACACCUGACUUUUACCAGCUCAUCUCGGCCUCGGACAAUCUGACGCUGAGUAGUCUGGGCGUGCUGGCCAAGGGCUCCAUCGACCACUUUCUCGUCAGUGAGGGGGAAAAGGAGCGAUGCAGGAAAAAGUGGGAGCAGCAGUGGUCGGCUUUCUUGGCCGGCGUCUUGGCACAACAGUCAUAGACUUCUCCAUAGACUUAACUGUGAAGAGAAGCAAUCACAAUGCGAGAAUUUGGAGCAAAGGAUCGUAAUUUCCGCACAAAGAAAGACAGACGGUGCCAUCAAAAGACAGAGAAAUAGAGAGUAGUAGCA